AGGUUUCCGCGUUCUUCCGUGAUUUCAACAACGAUGUGUGGGCUGCCAACACGAGUGGAAUAUUUCGGAUGUUGCCAAUGGAUACUUUACAAAACAGAAUGGGUAUGGACAUGGGUGGCUUCAACAACAACAAUAAUAACAACAAUAAUAAUGGCAAUAAUAAUAAUAAUGGCAGCACCGGCCAUGGCAGCAACUUCAGUAACAACCCCAAUCUCGGCCGUGGUAAUAAUGGUGUCAGCCAAAACAGUUACAGCGGGGGUAGCAACUACAAUGGCGGCGGGAGCAACUAUGGUGACAGUGGUGGUAGUAGCUAUAACGGUAAUCCCAGCAAUGCCUAUUGUAACGGAGAUGGGAAUGGCAAUAACUCUAUCUUCAGCGGUAACGGUAGCAAGUACAGUUACAACGCCAAUGACAACAGCAGCCAUGCUAGCUAUAGCGGCGAUGACACUUUCGGUACGAGUUAUAGCGGGAAGGGAAUUGAGAAUAGCUACAAUGACAAUAAUGAGAAUGACCUGGGCACUCGCAACCCUGAGGCCAGGAGCAGUGGUAAUUGCAUGGGCAUUAACGACGCACAUAACAACAACAGCAACAACGUCAACAAUAACAGCAAUAACAACAACGAUUUCCGCAGUUAUCACAGCAACAACAGUGACACCAAACAACAAGUAAACCACCCUGGGGAUGGUAAUGGUACGAGUCCGUAUGCAAGUAUCAGUAGUAGUGCCAACGGCAAUCGCGACAACUGCAAUAACAACAUCUUUAACAACGAGAACAACAAUCAAAUGCAAGGUGCAAACUAUGACACAAAUCAGACUGGCAACAACACACUGCUGAAUUCCGAAAGCUUGGGCUCUAUAUUAAGGGUAUGUCGUUCGUGUCAAAAAGCGGCUAUCUGUUCGUGUUCACUUGUAAAAGAAAUUACACAUACAUAA